CAACUUGUAACCACCUCAAGCCACGCCACUCGCCCGCGUGAGAGACAUCGCAAAUACAGCGUCCUCUAGGCCUGUGCAAGAUCGAUCCGCGAUUGGUGCGGCCAGUCCGUAUUAUCAGCAACGCCUAAAAUUUGACUCAAGACAAUCGACCAACCCGGGCUUUGUCCGUCUUCGUGCAGGUCCCCAAGGUAGAGCCAUUGCGCAUGAUACAAGUCAACACGCGACUCGCUCCUCUCCUUCGCACGCAAUUUUCAGCUGCGCGCAAGAAGAAAAUGUCAACCUACAACGUUGGGAACCUUCCCCGGAUCACCCGUGAGGCUCUCGCGCCUUUGGUUCGCGAGCAGAACACUGGGCUGGCUGUGAUCGAUGUCCGCGACAGUGACUACAUCGGUGGCCACAUUCGGGGCUGUCAGAAUGUGCCCACAGCCACGCAUGAUUACCGCAUGCCGGAGUUGGUGCGGACGCUCAAAGAGAAAAACACCAUCAUCUUUCACUGCGCUUUAUCGCAGCAGCGUGGACCAUCAAGCGCCUUGAAGUAUCUGCGCGAGCGUGAACGUUUGCAUGGCAAGGACGCAGAGCAGAACCAGAAGGUUUACGUCUUGGACGGUGGUUUUCAGAAGUGGCAAGAAGAGUACGGCGAGGACAAGGAGCUAACGGAAGGGUUCAUCAAGGAUCUUUGGGAUAACUACUGAGAUGCUCGUCCACUGCGUUGACUACCUGUUCGGGGGCUCCCAUGAUCGCAGGGCGCAGUAGACGAAUUUCAUAAUGCGCA